GGAAACAACAGAGAUAACUGACCCUGUAUGGGGGGUGGAAGAGAAGACUGCAGUAUAAAGAUCACACACAUUCUACAGCUGAGAGCCACUACAGAUGCUUGAACACUGAUACGACUAUACUGUUCUGUUGUAUUUCUCCACAGAAACCCGUGUCAAGUAAGUGACUUUAGGAUUUUUUUUAGUGUGACAACAGAUUUUACUGUUGUUUUUUUGUGGUAUUUUUUCCUAGAUGUAUUGGUAAGCUGUAGGUAGGGAGACUGUUGGACAUUUGUUGACAUAAGCGAUGGCUUUAGCUGGAUCAAGCUUCCAAGGGGGCUUGGAGACUCUAUGGAGACAAGAUAAAGAAUUGACGGGGGAAGGGCACAAUAUAGAGGCAGAUCGAGAGGGAAAAGGGCAUGCAAGGGAGUCAGUACAGUAAGACAGCUCUAGAGAGAGGGCUAGCUGAAAAAGAGGAUGAUAAGGUUCAAGAAGUGAAAGAAGAGCGGGCAGUUGAUGGAGAGCAGAAAGGGGUGAUAGAUGAUGUGGAUACAACAAGGGUAUACAGCAGAGACUCAUAUGCCAGGGAAAUGUUCAAAGCCCUGGAGCAGCUCAGGGACUCGUCUCUCCUCACUGACCUGACUCUGAGCACUGAGAAUGGACAGCGUCUCCACGCACACUCCCUUGUCCUGGCUGCUGUCAGCUCCCUGGUACAUCACUCCCUAACACACCAGAGGCUUCCCAAGUGGGAUGAAGAUAUGGAGAAGAUGAGGGAGAGGAGAGAUACAGACAGAGAUAUGAACAUACAGACAGAGAUAUUCAUCAGUCUGGGUUCUGAGGUGAGGUGUGUAGGGCUGGCAGGGGUGACCGAGUUUGCCUACACUGGUGCCAUAGCAGCUCUGAACAGAGAUUCACUGGCCCAGAUACAGACUGCAGCUAAAACACUAGGGGUCCCCAGAGUUCUAGAACUCUGCAGGAAAGAGGAGGGGGAAAUGAAGAAGGGAGUAGAGAAGAGGACUGAAGAAAAGAAGGUAUCUGCUGAAGAACAGAUGAAGCUCACUCUUCAGUCAAUCAGACAGCUGUGGAAAGAGGGAGUGGGCUGUGAUGUGGAGCUGGAGGUUGAUGGGACAUCAUUCCAUGGUUAG